UUCUGCACUAAAAUGUAUGUGUGUGUGUGUGUGUCUGUGUGUUUUAACAGUGAGAUGGAGCGGUACUUUCCCUGUGAAUGUAGUACCUAGCAUAGGAAGUUUGUGAUUAAGCUGUUGUUGUGGAUUAUGGUGCUGUGGAAUCUCACAAGGAUCCCUCUGCAAUGUUAAUAAUCCACUGGAUUAUCAUGUGUUUCUGUUGGGGCUGUAGCUUGACCCACUGCGAAAAAAGAAGAAAAACCCACCUGAUUCCUGAAUACUCAAGCUUCAUUCUGGUGGAAAGUCCACAGACAACUUGAAACGUUCCUCUGGGGCAAAGAGUUAAAAUAAGUCACAAACGAACUUUUAGGAGCGUCGUGGGUUAUUCCUGCGCUUGUGUCCUUUGAAAUAGGACGUGGUUAUAUUGUGAGAGCAGGCUGGGUGAUAGGAGAGGUGCAGUGUGGACUUUGUAUGUUUAUCAAUAGCCAGAUCUUGUCUUAUCAGGCACACAUGCUGAAUGCGAUCAUACUCUCUUUAACCCUUGUGUUGCCUUAGGGUCAUUUUGACCCGAAUCAAUAUUACACCCUCCCCCCGCCUUUGGGUCAUUUUGACCCGAUUCAAUGUUUCACCCUCCUGUUACCUUUAUAUUUACUAACAUAUUUUACCCUUUGGGUUCAAUUUUACGCCAGCAAUUAAAACCUCCAGAAAAUUAUUUGAAUUAAUAUUGUUUUCCAAGUUUAAGUGUGAGGCACUUUAUGUUUGUUUGUUGACUACCGAAAGAACACCGACAUUAAACAUUGAAUGGGGUCAAAUUAAUCGUAAGGCGGGGGGAGGGUGUAAUAUUGAUUCGGGUCAAAAUGACCCUAAGGCAACACAAGGGUUAAGAGGUCCUCAGCAACACCGCUGAGAACUGUAUAAUUCACAGAACCCUGGUACAUCUUAAAUAACACAUUUGAGCCAUCUUCAAAAAGCACCUUGCACUGAACGGUGCAACCAGCGACACAUCAACCCCACCUGAGUGUUUGUCAGUGUUGCAUAAGUGAAGCUGUCGGGGAGAGUCAGUGUUCAGCGUUUGCUUCACUCACUAAAUAUGCUUUUGUUUCAGCUUGAUAAAUACUUCUGAGGAACUAGAAAUACUAAUAAGCCUCCUCCGUUACCUAAGUGUAAUGUUCCUUCUUGAUGACUCUGCUUUUCCUGUCGUAAAAAAAAAAAAUGCCUCCGUGAUUAAGUAUUGUUGGCACAGUUUCCUCAGAGUGCCAUGGCUUCAGUACCGGUUCAUACAAUCCCUGAUAAUAUCAAUAAACCUUUGAACCUGGAGUCCUGAGUCACAUCUUUAAGGCUAUCGCACAAGCGUGUUAAGUGCAUAUGCCGUCCAGAGAACAAAACUCCAGACACGCAACGACGACCUCUAAUCAGUGUAUUGCUGAGGGUUUUGGUUGUCACGGUUGCGUCUCUUUUUUUCCACGUCUUUCUUUACCCUCUGGGCCCUCGUCCGUUCUGCACUUCCAGCGGUCAGAUGGAGUCUUUCUCUGGAGAUACAGAAGGAAGCACCGAGGACAUUCCAGGACGUAAACAGUCCAAAUUCAAGUCUCUUAAAAAUCGUCUCUUCGGGAGGAGUAAGAGAGAAGGUGGAGCGGGAGCCGAACUCAGCCAGUCGGUCAGCGACAUCACUGCAGGAAAGGGACCCGGAUCUGAGGAAGAUCUGGCAUGCCCCCAGGGGACGAUGGGGUCACGGGCAUUGUCCGCCGACAGCAUCUUUCAGGCUGAUCAGGCCCUGCCAGAAACCGAACCAGCGAGGGUCUUAUCCCAGGAGAACGUCCACAGCAAAAUCAAAGCUCUGCAGAUGCAGCUCGAGCAGCAGAAGAUGCAUCUGGGUCCGCCACCUCCGGUUCUGCCAGUGAGACGUGCAGAGGAUCUAGGAAGCCGCUGCGAGGACGCCGGUCUUCCCCACAGCCACCUCGAGACCCCGGCAGCCCCGAGCAAGACCCAAUCCCAGCCAUCGUCUCGUCCACUCUCGCCUAUCCCAAAACCUAUUCUAUCUGUGCCCCUGACUCUAUCCCUCCCUCUUUCUGUCCCCUCCUCUUCCUCCGUUGUUGAGCCCCCGUUGGACUUCAGCUGUCCUGUCCAGUUCACCCCCUGCCUGGAUACCUCUGCUGCACGCCACCGGCUGUCUGUCAAGCCCAGAAACCAGAGGGCCAGCACCAAGAAGACCCACCCUGCAGUGAAUGAACAACAUUCUGACAGACACGCCCUAAACAACAUCCACCACCCUGAAUCUGUGAGAGAAGACAAGCAGUGGCUCAGUACUCAAGAGGCGCUGACAUCGGGAACAGAACAAGGAGUGGAUGUCAUUCCUAUUACAUCUCAGCUUCUUCCUUCACAAUCUCCAGAGGUGGCACCGGUUACAUCAGAGGCAGCGCACAAAUCAUCCAGCCAAGCUGUUUCCCAACAGGACCAAGCUCUUCUUGAGAGAAUUCCCUUUGCACCCUCGCAGAUACUUCGAGUUAAGCCCCACAGACCAGCGGAUGCAAGGCCGAGUGAACGGCCACGCUCAUCCUUCAUACAGUCAGAACUGAGAGACAACAGAGACGGGGACUUUGAGAUACAAGCCAUGUCCCUUGACAAGAGAAAUACUCUGAACAAGGCCGGAACGACUGACGCCUCCUGCGACCGGCUCGACACGAACUUCGGGUCUUCCUCUGAGGAGCAGCGGGUUCAAAGUGAGACAGAAAGCAAAAGAGGAAUAAGGAGACCCGCCCCUGGAUCUGGGUCCUUCAAUUUCUCAAUCACCUCUGCCAAAAGCCGGGAUGGAGAAAGUCUCCAAUCAGGCAGUUUUGUUGGAGGGCUGGAACACAUUGAAGCCAGACACAAGACAGUCUGGGGAGUGGAGGAUAAACCCUCUUCAAGCACGAGGGAGAAGGAUGAACUAAGAGGGGGCCUCUUUGCUGCGGGGAGACUCAGGCCAGAGGGAGCUCCACAUAAAGGCUCAGUGCCGUCAGACAGGAGAGACAGCCUCAAGAAAGUGGAAUGGGUGACACCGUCUCAAAAUGUGACCGCAGACACCGGCGCCACAAAGGCGGAGGAGGUGGGGAGCAACCAGGAGAUGGCGGAUUUCGAGGACGAAGAAGGAAAGACGGCGUUCGGUGUUAAACUGCGCUCCACGUCUCUGUCGGUGAGACUUCGGUCCGAUUCCCCUUCACACCAUAGCUCUAAGCUGCUGGCGUGUGAGGAGCAAUGUGACACGCUAAAAGAACAGGAAAUAGGAGACCUUAGAUCAAAAGAUCCAACCCCAUCCGGCUUCUGCCUUCCAGUCAAGUAUAACACGCUACCUACCAACACUCCUCCCGCCACGGCAACAGAAGUCAGAACAACCUCCUCAAACCUCAAAAAAGUUGAAACCUCCACGCAAGGGGCUCAGUCUGCCCCCCAAACGGCCUCAUGUGAGGUGACCUGGAUGAGCUUGGCAAUGGAAAAGACCAAAAGCCUCCAGCAGCUUUUUACGAGUAGAUUUCCCAGAGAUUUCACAGGUGUGCAGACAGCAGCUCAACCACAAGCACAAGUACAGCCACAGAAAAGCACAACGCCAACAGAGGCUGCAGGUCAGGCUUCGACUGACGCAGUCGGAGCAGAGGCAGCGCAGACAGUCAAACCGUCGGCAGGGCAACUGAAGACGCCUCCUCUUCAGCCGAGCGCCUCCAGAGAACCACAAACGUUCAAAGGUACCAGUGAGCCCCGGUUUGCCUCCCAGUCCGCGUCUCAUCCGGCUGGACCGACCAAUCCGCGGACGACCCAGUCCCCCUUGCACUCUUCGACACAAACAGAGACCACGACGCAGUCUCUAGCACAGUUGUACCUUGUAUCCGGCCAGCAGCAAUCCCCCGGUCGAGGUCUUCAGACCAUCAACCAGCUCAAAUCAACAACCCUGGUUUCCACCACACCGUCUGCCUCGGGAAGAGGGGAAAGAGACGCCACCGCGCAGGAAAGGCGGGCUGUCUGGGCCGGGUCAGUAGGCGAGAAGGCUUCUUUUAUGGAGAAACGGGCCGAGUGGACCACUACACCCGGAACCAAGGGGAUGGAGGUAUCAGGUGAACCCACUGCCUGCGUCAGGACCAAGCCCCCAAUUAAAGACAUGAACCCAGAGGCUCGACAAGGGAUACAACUUGCAGAGUCAUGUCCCGCCAAAGAUCCGGAAAGACCGCAGGAGGACAAAUGGCUGCGGAAAAAUGUGACGCCAUCUUCAUCGCCCUCAUUGUCGCAGACAAUACCAUCAGCGCUGCAGUCCGAGACCGACAGCAGCCGGCCGUCCUGGAUGGAACUGGCAAAGAGGAAGUCGAUGGCCUGGAGCGUUAAGUCCAUGGACUGAGCAGACAACAGACAGACGGGUGUAGUUUGAACACGGUCUGUCACAAGGAUGCAGAGGCAGCUAUAUCAAGGCUGUUGUGUUUGUGCGAUGAAAUUCAUCGAGUUGUUUAGUGUUGAUAUUACAUUGAGAGACAAAUAUAUAAUAUAUUGAACAUAUCCAAGUUUAUUAUCAUCCUUCUUCACCACGAGCACUUCAAAAUAAAUGGUAUUUCUGAGUAAUGUUUUUAUGUGAUUCAGCAUGUCACUGCUUUUAAAAGUUUAUGGUAAAUAAUAAAUUCAUAAUGUUAAGUUUG